GGUCAGAAUCAGUCUGGUGGCGGAGGAAGUGGAGGAGAUAAGAGGGAUGAUAAGGAUAAGAAGAAGAAGUAUGAACCACCAAUUCCCACUCGUGUUGGUAAAAAGAGGAGGAGGACAAAAGGCCCAGAUGCAGCUAUGAAAUUACCUCAAGUGACACCGCAUACAAGAUGUCGCCUGAAACUUCUGAAAUUGGAAAGAAUCAAAGAUUAUCUUCUUAUGGAAGAGGAGUUUAUUCGUAAUCAGGAGAGACUUAAACCCCAGGAAGAAAAGAUUGAGGAAGAGAGAUCCAAGGUAGAUGACCUGAGAGGAACACCAAUGUCAGUGGGAACUUUGGAGGAAAUUAUUGACGACAAUCAUGCCAUUGUUUCCACGUCUGUUGGCAGUGAGCAUUAUGUCAGUAUCCUUUCCUUUGUUGAUAAAGAUCAGUUGGAGCCUGGCUGUUCUGUAUUGUUGAAUCAUAAGGUACAUGCUGUGGUUGGUGUUUUAUCAGAUGAUACAGAUCCUAUGGUCACAGUAAUGAAGUUAGAAAAAGCUCCACAAGAAACAUAUGCUGACAUUGGAGGUUUGGAUACACAAAUCCAAGAGAUUAAGGAAUCUGUGGAACUUCCUCUUACCCAUCCAGAAUAUUAUGAAGAAAUGGGUAUUAAACCCCCCAAAGGAGUUAUUCUGUAUGGACCACCAGGUACUGGGAAGACUCUGCUGGCCAAGGCAGUGGCCAACCAAACAUCAGCAACAUUCCUUAGAGUUGUUGGUUCUGAGCUCAUCCAGAAAUAUUUGGGAGAUGGACCUAAGCUGGUAAGAGAAUUGUUUAGAGUUGCCGAAGAACAUGCUCCUUCCAUUGUAUUUAUUGAUGAGAUAGAUGCUGUUGGAACCAAACGCUAUGAUUCAAAUUCUGGUGGUGAACGCGAAAUCCAGAGAACCAUGUUGGAGUUACUAAAUCAGUUGGAUGGAUUUGAUUCUCGAGGAGAUGUGAAGGUUGUAAUGGCUACAAACCGAAUAGAAACCCUGGAUCCAGCUCUGAUCAGACCUGGUCGAAUUGACAGGAAGAUUGAGUUCCCACUACCAGAUGAGAAAACAAAACGUCGUAUCUUUAAUAUCCAUACAUCACGUAUGACUUUGGCUGAAGACGUAAAUCUGACAGAGCUUAUUAUGUCCAAGGAUGAUCUAUCUGGUGCUGAUAUUAAGGCUAUCUGUACAGAAGCAGGUCUGAUGGCUCUGCGGGAGAGACGGAUGAAAGUAAUGAAUGAAGAUUUUAGGAAAUCUAAGGAGAGUGUUCUUUAUAGGAAGAAAGAAGGCACUCCAGAAGGUCUAUAUUUAUAAAAAACAUAGAAAGGUUCUUUUCCUUUCAUAAUUAUAUACUUCACUUGGAAAAAGAAUGCAGAACUUCUAACCAGUAAACACCCAUAAUUAAUUAAGAAUGUAAACAUUAUUAUGGAAAUAAUUUUAAUAAAUCUAUUCAUUCAGUGUAGUUGGUGAUGAAAAUAUUUCAGAUAAGUCUUUGUCCAUUAUUCACUGUUAACAUUUAUAAUUUUCCAGUUUUUCUGCCAUAUUAAACACACCUAUUCCUCAGAUGGGUCUGUAA